UACCUGUAAACUAGCUCUUAAGCUAAGCGUAUUUCCACGUUAAAUAAAGUAUGUAUGUUUGUAUGUAUGUAUGAAUUUAUUAUUCGUGCUUUGUCAGUUAGUUUUGAGUGCCACUAUCACUGUUAGACGAGAUCUUCUGCUUCUUCUUUUUAUUAAUCGAAGGUCGCAAUGGGGUUGACCAAGCGGCAAAAGCGGCAAAAAAAAUUAGCCGUUUGGCCUAAAAAAUAGCAAGUCUUAACCGUUUUUGGAAAAGUAAGUUAAAUAUAAAAUGUUUCUUCGAAUAAUGUUCGAAGGAAAUUGAUCGUUACUCAUAAAAGUGGCCAAAAUGUUAACCGUUAGCCGUAAAAGCCAUUACCCCAUCGAAACCCUCUCAAUCGUCACACGAUUAUAGAUGGAUGCAUCAAAUAUAUUUGUAUUCACAUUUGUUAUUCUACAACAGAUUAAGAACCCUUAGUUUUUUUGCAGUUAAUCUCUAGGCUUGGAAACAGUUAGAUCGAUGGCUGUGACCUGGUACGCCACAGAAAUUAAUCUACAUAGAAUAUAGCGUAUUGCUUAUGUAAAUCGACACUAAGAUUUGCAGCAUAAAAGCCAUCUAAAUGGUGUGAUGGCAAAUAAAAUCUUCAGAAAGCUGAUGCAAAGCAAAAGCAUUUGUUACCUUUAUUCUAAGUGUACUAUUUCUGUCAGGUUUGCAUUCUGAAUAUCUAGCUCGCUCCAUUGGUAGGGUAAGCUAGACAGUGGAUCUGGUUAUAUUUUCCCUGAGAAUCCACUAAGAUAGAAUUAACUUGACAGAAAUUCGAGGCAAAUGUUCAUUUCAUAAAUACGGAGGAAUUUUCAUUAGUUUGUUUACAUCUCAAGGGACAGUAAACUGUACUAUUAAUUCCGAAAUAAACUACUAACACGGCUGUGUAAAGUGAAUGAGCAAAAGUUCGGGAAAACCAGUAGCAGUAGGGUUACUUUAAAGCGGGUAAAGUGAUAUUAUUUGGACAGAUCUGAAUAGGAAUAAAACAUCAAUAUAAUAACUUGAAACUGAAUAUCAAAAACUCUGAACAUACCUGAUGUGAAAUUCAAAAACAGUCGGAUUAAAAGAAGUCUUCGAAAGCAAGUUUUGUUCAGUGCCCGGAACCGUAAGGGGAACUAAACUGGGAUUUUUUUUUUAUUAUGCCAUGAGUAAACAGGAUGUGCGAGAUCAAAAUAAGAAAGAUGAUUAGCCUACAGAGGAAAUAGCAUAUUAAUUAGGGAAUCUCCCUUGUUUCAUUUAGUAAUAUAACUAAGUCAACUUUCAUAAACAGUCAGAAGCACUCAUCCAUUAGUACAUGCAACAAAAAGAUCUGAAGACCUUAGGUAUUUGAUCCUGAUCGGAAGAGAAAGUCGCAAUACUCAGUUGAAGAGGAACAGCAAUGGGUUAUCGACUCGCCAAAACCGACCGGGACAAGACUGAUCCAAAACAUUUGUGUACCAAGUGCAAUGAUCUAUUACAGGAACCGAAGCAGACAUCUUGUGGACAUCGCUACUGUAGGGGAUGUAUAGACUCAAUUCUAAGUAAGGAAAAUUCGGAGGGGAAGUGUAUUGAGGAUGACACACUGCUAAGGGAAGAAGAGGUCUUCCGUGAUAAAUUUGUGGAGCGCGAAAUCCUCGAGCUAGAGCUUCAUUGCUCCCGAUUCGAGAAAGGUUGCCAGUGGAUCGGCCAGCUAAGGCACCGUCAGGAUCAUGAUCGCAGUUGUGAGUUUUUUGAAGUUCCAUGUGUACAUUCCAAAUGUGGAACUAUGGUACAAAGAUCAGACCUUGCUCGUCAUCUGGAAAACGAUUGCAGCUACAGGAAGGAGUUGUGCAGCUAUUGUGGAAAACGCAUCGUGGUUGUUGACAUGAUGGAGCAUCAUCAAACCGACUGUAAAAGUUAUCCACAGUGUUGCCCUGAAUGUGGAAAGCAAGGUAUUCCACGCUGUCAGGUUUCUGUCCACCUGGACCCAGUAGCUGGUGAUUGUCAAGAAUUGAAAACGGUGUGUCCAUUUGCAGCGAUGGGAUGCAAGGAAACAAAGCCCAUGGGUUUCAAUGAAAGACGGGAUCACCUUAAAGAGAACACACCACAACACAUGACUUAUUUACUACAGCAAUUUACAGAAUUGUCAUCGCUUGUCAGCGGCACUCUAAAAUCUGCAUCAUCGUGCAAGAUCGAUGCCUCAGUUGUUCCAAGUGAAAAACAACUGGAGCUUUCGAUCAAGCAGAUAGGUGCAGCAUUAGUGGAGACUAACGAACUUAAAUCCAGAGGAGACCAACUAGAAUCUCGCAUAAAGAACCUGGAGAACACUGUAGAUCAUGCCAGACUGUCUGGUGAAUCGAGCGAUGAAGAUAAGCUGCUCGAACUUUCAACAAAAGUGAACGAUCAAGAAGCUAAACUUGCUGACCUGGAGGUCUUUAUGAUUGAAGGAAACAAAAGUGAUGCAGAUCUUGUGCAGCAAAUUAACAGGUGGAAAAGAGAGCAAGAGAAAUUCAAAGAAGUAGUUACCAAAAUCCAGCGACGUCUCGAGUCCCUAGAGCACACGCUGGGCCUGCGUAAUAUACUUCUGGCUGACUUAGAGGAACAAGUAAAACAGAAAGAGAUCUCGAAUUACAAUGGCGUCCUGCUAUGGAAAAUCUCCGACUUUGCUCGAAAGAGGCAAGAUGCCCUCAGUGGCAGACAAGUGUCUCUUUACAGUCCACCAUUUUACUCCAGUAACGAUGGAUACAAGAUGUGUGUACGCCUAUAUUUGAACGGAGAUGGCAUGGGCAAGGGUACGCACAUCUCAGUUUUCUUUGUGGUUAUGCGCGGUCCGUAUGAUGCACUUCUCCGCUGGCCUUUUAGACAGAAGGUCACCUUCAUGCUGUUGGAUCAGGAUCAUGUGGAACACGUUAUCGACGCCUUCAGACCUGACCCGAACAGCAAUUCUUUUCAACGACCAAAGAGAGAUAUGAACAUCGCCAGUGGCUGUCCAACCUUUUGUCAUCUAUCGGAGUUAAACAACCACGCCUACGUACGAGAUGAUACAAUGUUCUUCAAGGUUUUGAUUGACACUUCAGACAUUUGAAUUUUGAUUACAGAGUUCAAGGGUUUAAGCCACACUAAGCUACUGAUUUUGAAUGCAUUCUUGGAGCCUUUGAAAAAACUGGCUGUUGUUUACAAGGGUUUACGAUGCAGAACUUCGAAAAUCCUACACAAUAGAAGACUAUUUUCCAAAUAUUGAUUCGCAAUUGUCAAAUCUAUAGUCAAUCAAACAGCAGCAGUGUGGUAAAAAAAAAAAUCAGAAAAUUAAGGAAGUAUAUACCAUUAUAGGCGAACACGCUAUUUCCUCUUGGUGAACAGCGGUCACAAAUGUCACGUUUGCCCCUGUCACACCACCUAGUAAAGACGAAAGGUCACUUAAACACAUGAUUCUCACUAAUUGUGCCUUAAGCUCAAGACCAAUUGUAAAUUGUCGCAAAGUUCUGAGUCUCAAAACUGCCAAAGCAUUUUUAGAUUAAUCAUUUCUAGUUGAUAUGAUGAGCCAAAUAAAUUCUAGCUUAUAAGUCA